UCACCAUGCCUCCCAAAGUAUCUGGAAAAGCUGCCAAAAAGGCUGGCAAGGCCCAAAAGAACAUCACUAAGGGUGAUAAAAAGAAGAACCGCAAGCGCAAGGAAUCCUACGCCAUCUACAUCUAUAAGGUGCUGAAGCAAGUCCACCCCGACACCGGUAUUUCCUCCAAAGCCAUGUCCAUCAUGAACUCGUUCGUGAACGAUAUCUUCGAGCGCAUUGCCUCCGAGGCCUCUCGCCUGGCUCACUACAACAAGCGAUCGACCAUCACCUCCCGGGAGAUCCAAACCGCCGUGCGACUCCUCCUGCCCGGAGAGUUGGCCAAGCACGCCGUCUCCGAAGGGACGAAGGCCGUCACCAAAUACACGUCAUCCAAGUAAACUGACCACAUCCACCAUCCAAAGGCCUUUUUCAAGGCCAACAUUUCGUUUACGUACGAGAUUGCUAAUUGCCAAAUGUAUCAGAGUUCCUGACAUCGGCCGUAAGUGAUUGGACCCAUGGUUAGACACAAGUCAAUAUUUCUGUUGGACUGUUGACUAAGGUAAAAUAACAUGAAGUUAAUUGAAUAAGUAGGCCCUGCUGAGAGUGAUAGAUCAAUUUGCUGGUAUUGGUGGAACAAAAAGCAUUUUGAUCCGUUUCCGUCAAAAAAGAAACGGAUUAUAGUAAAACAGUUUAAUCAAUUUAUAUUCAGCGUCAGUUAUAUGUUGCUAACAUCAUGUCAAGUUAGGAGCCUAAUUAUUAGAGACAGGAAAAAACUUUUGUUUUGGCAUUGAGUGUAAAUUCCAGACGUUUGUCAAAACUAGUUUUGUUCAGAACAGAUAUUCUUCUUUUUAGGUGAACUUGUGCUCAGACAACUAUUCACAUUCAAAACUGUGCAACAUUGAGCAGCAAAGCUUUGAGACUUCAGAUAAAAAGUCACCACUGCAAGACAAACUAGUCUUGACAAACAUGUGGAAUUUACCCUCAACGCCAAAACAAAAUGUUUUUCCUUUCUCUACAAUUAUGAAACGCAACUCUAAACUAGCAUUGAACUUCUCCUCGAGAUAAAAGUUGGCUUUUUGGUUUAGGUUAAACUUUCCAGUCUAAUUGUCUGGUGUCGCGACAUCGAAAAAAGUGUCAUUUUGGCAACGAAGUUUAUAGCUACCUUAACUUAGACGUCAAAAAUUGUAUUCCCAAAAUUUGGUUCACAUCGCAAAAAAAGUUGUGUUUUCACAAGCUUCCAAAAGAUGCGCUUAUGCGCAAUAACACGAACACUCAUUUUCCUCAAAAAACACUUCAAAAUUGUACUUAUAGGCCGUUUGUAUACAUGAAUUCAAGAAUGCAAAUAUUAGACCACACGUAAGAAAGUAUCAGAAAAUAAAAAAUUGACUUGGAAAAUUUCCACUGUAUUCCAAUCAUUUUCAAAUUGUUGCCAAUUUUUUUUCAAAAAAACGAAAAACAACUCCAAAUUUGGAAACCAUACCAAAAAAAAGAGACAUUGUGCU